AUGGCGGACGGCUGCUGGACGCUGCCCGAGACGUACACCAAGGGGCUCAAGGAUGAGCACGGGAACGAGAUGUCGAAAAACGAGUUCAAGAAGAGGCACAAGGAAGCCCAGGUCGCUAAGCAGAGGGAAGAGAAGAAAGCCGCACAGGCUGCUGAAGGCGGCAGCACCCAGGGCAAAAAGGCCGCAGCUGCAGCUGAAGAGCAGCUAGACCCAACACAGUACUUCAACAACCGCGUGAAGUUUCUGGAGGGGAGGAGGGCUGCUGGGGACAACCCAUAUCCCCACAAAUUCAAUGUGACCCAUGCAUUGGAGGAACUCCUCCGCGUUAAGGACAACAUUCCCCAAGGCACCAGCAAGGAAGACGAGGUGGUGUCUGUUGCAGCCCGUGUAUACAGCCUUCGAGCCUCAGGCAGCAAGCUUCGGUUCUACGAUGUGCGGACAGGAACUGCCAAGCUUCAAAUCAUCGCCAAUCUCAGGAAUGCUGAAGUCGAUGCCGAUGGGUUCACAGCACUCCACAACACUGUUCGUCGGGGGGACAUAAUCGGCGUACAGGGCUACCCAGGAUGGUCAAACACUGGCGAAUUCAGUCUAUUUGCGCAGCAGUUCAUUGUCCUAUCCCCUUGCUUGCACAUGCCACCAACAUCUUACUUCGGCCUCCAAGAGCAGCAAACCAGAUAUCGCCAACGGUACCUUGAUCUGCUGAUCAACGAGGAGGUUCAAGCCAUUUUUGUGACCCGAGCAAAGAUAAUCAACUUUGUGCGACGAUUCCUUGAUGACAGAGGAUUCCUGGAGGUGGAGACACCCAUGAUGAACAUGAUACCCGGUGGUGCCACAGCAAGGCCGUUCAUCACGCACCACAACGAGCUGGACAUGACCCUGUACCUUCGCGUGGCCCCUGAGCUGUACCUCAAGGAGCUGGUGGUGGGAGGCCUGGAGCGCGUGUAUGAGAUUGGGCGCCAGUUCAGGAAUGAGGGCAUCGACCUCACCCACAACCCAGAGUUCACCACCUGCGAGUUCUACCAAGCCUAUGCCGACUACUAUGACCUGAUGGACAUGACGGAGAAGAUGCUAUCGUCCAUGGUGCUGGCCCUAAAGGGAUCUUAUAAGAUUCAGUACCACCAGGACCCAGAGGGGAAGGAUGAACCAGUGACAAUCGACUUCACGCCACCCUGGAAGAGGCUGUCCAUGGUGCCUGAGCUGGAGAAGGCGCUGGGGGUGGAGAUUCCAAAGGACCUGGGAACGAACGAGGCCAGGGAGACUCUGGAAGCACUGGUGAAGAAAUACGGGAUUGAAUGCCCUGCACCGACCACUGCUAGGCUGCUCGACAAGCUCGUUGGGGAGUUUCUUGAGGAGACCUGCAUGAAUCCGACAUUCAUAUGUGACCACCCCCAGAUCAUGUCACCCCUGGCUAAGUGGCAUCGGAGCAUGGAGGGCAUGACUGAGCGGUUUGAACUGUUCAUCAACAAGAAGGAGGUAGUAAAUGCAUACACUGAAUUGAACGACCCAAUUGUCCAGCGGUCGAGAUUCGAGGACCAGGCCAAGGCCAAGGCCCAAGGCGAUGACGAGGCUAUGUUUGUCGAUGAGAGCUUCUGCACAGCCCUGGAGUAUGGCUUGCCUCCAACUGGCGGCUGGGGGAUGGGAAUUGAUCGUCUGACCAUGUUCCUCACUGACAAGGCGAAUAUCAAGGAGGUAUUGCUCUUCCCUGCAAUGAAACCUGAAGAGGGGACUGCUGCUGCUACUACCAAGAUGGCUGGAACAGAUGAUGCUUCUGCGUAG